CAGAUGGGUGUGGGGACUGUGAAAAGUAUGUCGUCGUCACUUUAAGCUGCCACCAUCCAAUUCGUUCAACAAUUCAAUUUAUUAUUAAACUUUUCGCAUUUUUGCUUUAAUUUCAUACAUACUUGAGACUUCAGAAGAUCACUUCAGCUAUGAGUUUUCAAGAUAUUCAACAUGGCUCCAAUCCUCCUUCUCGUCGAACUCAGUCACCGUCGCAAGCUGUUGCUGCCGGAAUUUUCCAGAUCAAUACCGCCGUUGGUACUUUCCGACGACUCGUUGAUUCUGUUGGAACCGUUAAAGACACUCCAGAGCAUCGUCAAAAACUGCACAAUACGAGGCAGAGGAUAUUGCAGCUUGUAAAGGAUACUUCUGCUAAGCUCAAAUCUUUGUCUGAAUCUAAUCGUGAUGCUAAUGCCAAUGCUAAUAAGAAAAUUGAAGAUGCUAAGCUUGCAAGAGAUUUCCAAACUACAUUGCAAGAAUUCCAAAAAGUUCAACAGCUUGCUUCUGAGCGCGAAACAACUUACACUCCUGCUGCCUCAACUUCUUUACCAACAAGCUCUGGCCCUGGUGAAGAAUCAAUUGAGAUAGACGCCGAAAGCCAACCUUUUAUCAGAGGGCAGUUGAGGCAAGAGAUAGUUCUAUUGGAUAAUGAAAUAUCCUUCAAUGAAGCCAUGAUUGAAGAAAGAGAUCAAGGUCUUAGAGAGAUAGAAGAGCAAAUUGGAGAAGCAAAUGAAAUAUUCAAGGACCUUGCUGUUUUGGUUCAUGAUCAGGGGAUUGUUAUUGAUGACAUUCAAUCAAAUAUAGACACUUCUGCUGGUGCAACAUCUCAAGCUAAGGUCCAGCUAGUCAAAGCUUCCAAAAGUGUGAAAUCCAAAAAUAAAUUGUGUUGGUGGGUGCUUUUAGUUUUUGUGGCGGUGCUGGUGAUCUUCCUCAUUAUACUUCUUACUUAGUUUGGAAGGACUAUAUAUAUGCUGGACUUACUCCCUCGAUAUUACUUUUUCAAGAUUGAUUUAAAUUGAUGAAUCUCGUCAUAUUCUGUUAAUUUCUAAGUGUCUUGUGGUGUGAAAGAUUGUUUGGACCAAAAGAAAUUUGUUAAAAGAGUGUAUUACGGCUCUCCACAUCCAGCAGCCAGCAGUUUGAUGUCUUAAGUGAGCAUUAGCAGGUGGAAGUUGGAAGAAGUUACUUUCUGCAAAGCGAUUUUAGGAAAAUUAUUCUGUAACUUUAUAUAGAUUUGUAUUAUACAAUCUGUAGUUGCUAGUUUGCAAACCAUGUAAAACAAAUUACCAAAGUUUUAAUAGCAAACUGCGUGUGUGUAUUUUAACAUU